CAGCGCUUCGGGGAGCCACUAGCUUGGUCCCCCAGACGGAACCGCACCCGUGCGGCCGCACGGAACCGCGUGGUUCGGUCAGACCGUCCCGAUGGGUAUGCUUUCUGGUGCCUUGCAGCAGGACAUGGCAGUCAUGGAGGACUACUUCUUGGACAAGGUGGUGUGGGUCACAGGGGCCUCCGGUGGCUUUGGAGAAGCUCUUUGCGUAGCGCUCUGUCAAGCCGCGAAACCCGGCGGUCUAAUUCUGAGUGCUCGCCGUAGAGACGAGCUCGAACGGGUCAGGUCUCGCUGCUUGGAGCUCUCACCCAAUUUGAAUGCGGAGGUGCUGCCGCUGGAUCUCGCGGAUUUGGCGCGGCUCGGCCUGGCCGCGGAGACGGCCAAAGGCCUCUUCGGCAGGGUCGACGUCCUUGUCAACAACGGUGGGGUUGGUUUCAGGGGCCUCGGACAAGAGACAUCCAUUGAGGUGGACCAGCUGGUGAUGAACGUGGACUUCUUCAGUGGUGUGGUGCUGACAAAGGCCCUGCUACCAGACUGGAUCCUUAGGCAGAGUGGGCACGUGGUUCAGAUCUCCUCAGUGCAGGGCUUCUUCGGCCUCCCGGGGCGGACGGCCUACUCAGCGGCGAAGCACGCCGCGGUGGGCUUCUACGAUUCCCUGCGGGCGGAGGUGGCUGACAAUGGCAUAGCUGUCACCACCGUUUGCCCAGGAUAUAUUGCCACCCAGCACGGUCGGAAUGCGGCGAGAGGUGGGGGCGCGCAGGCAGACGACAUCAGCAAAGGUGUUCUACCCCAUGUGCUGGCACCGAAAGUUCUAGCUGCCAUUGCUCGCCGCAAACCCGAAUUAGUCCCUGCAGCAUGGGAUGCGAGAAUAGCUAGGCUACUGAGGACGCUCUACCCGAGCCUCUUCUUCUCCAUUAUGCGCAGGUCAAAACUUUGAUGCAUCGCGCGCAACUUCGGAAGGUGAGGGCGUCCCUGGCUUCCGGACUUCGCUUUCGCCGAGCGAGCGCG